ACACACCUGCUCCUGUGCACGGCUCAGUGCAGUCUCCGUCUCUGACACAAACAACCUGGCUACCGCAUUCUGCCUCAAGGCUACAGCAGACAUCCAGCCGGUAGGGGGGCUUCCACUCUCCUUUCUCCCCGGGACGCGUCACCUGCUGCUGGGUACAGCUGGCACCGAGCCUCCUCCAGACCUCCAUGUUUUGCUGAAAGGACCCUGGUCCUGCAAGCUGGGUCAUGGAGCUGCACUGUCUUCCCACAGAGACCCCGACCACCACCACCAGCUCCUGCUCUACACCCCCCCGCCACUACUGCCCAGCCCUGGCCCAGAGAGGGGGGCGGAGGGAGAGGCGGGGCCUCUGUCCUGCUGGAAGCAAACCCCCUGACCCCUCCCUCGCUGGCCGGACCCCAGCUGGGGCUGUGGUUCCCACACUGGGCUGGGGGGCUGGGGGAGGGCCUGGCCUGCAUCCAGACUACCACGGGCUGGGUGUGAACACAGCAGAGAGAGGAAGAGAGAGAGAGGAAGGAGGAGAGGAGGAGAGACAAGGGAGUGCGGACAUCAGUUGGGAGGAAAACCAGAGUGCCCUCUCAGUUUACGACAACCUUGUUGCCGUGACGCCCGUCCAGGACACUUCCCUGGAAGCCGUUGACAUGGAAACCAGCGCCACCCCAGCGAUAGGUUUCCCGGACGUCCAGGUUUCGGCUCUGCUGGAUGAUGGGGCGGUCAGCGAGGCCAGCAGUUCCUGGUCCUCCUGUGAGAUACUGCUGGCAGGGAGCAGUGCCAGCAACAGACCUAACCAGGACCAGGACCAAGACCAGGACCUGGACCAGGACCUGGACCUGGACCAGGACCCGGUGGCACCUGUGCACCCCAGCCCCCCCGUCACUCUGGGCAUGCCCCCGCCCCUGCCCCUGGCGGACCCCUCGGCCAGCGCCCUCCGCAGCCUCCUCACCAGCCUGCACCAGCAGAUUGGUAGACAGAGAGAGGACUACGAGGCUCGCAUACACAGUCUGGAGCAGAGGAACGAGGCCCUGCUGGGGGAGGUACAGGGUCUGAAGGCCAACCUGUUCCAGCAGCAGAGCUGGUACCGGGCGGUCCAGUCCAGGAUCGAUGAGUGUGAGCGGGCCCGUGGCGCGGCCGAGCAGAGGAACAGGGAGCUGCAGAGGGAGAUGGAGCAGUUCCUGGACACCUUCGGAGAGCUCAACCACGAGGCCAAGAAGACGGAGAGCAUCGUCAGGGGCUUCUGAGACACCCCACACACACACACAUGCGGACGGUGUAGCGGUACACACUCACUGACUCGUAACUCUCUCUCUCUACCUGUGUGUAGGACAUGUUAUUAACUGUGACUUAUCACAGGCUGGAGUCGUCUUUAUUAGUGGGGGGGCACAGAUGAAAUGGGGGGGGGGGGGUUCAAUCACACAGGACAUCCUGGAAAUGACACAUUAAUAGUGAUGAUGAAAACCAAGCAUGAAAUGUGGAGUGUUUACAACACAGCGCUCCGACAUGGUUAAAAAAACAAGAUGGCCUAAGCCAGUUUAGCUCAGUCCUCGUCCAACAGGAUUCAGGGAGAGAGCGAGUCAGCCAAUCCCCUGGUCAUUUAAGGCAUGAUGGAUGAAUAAGGUUGUCAUGGUUUCUGAGAAAGAAAACAUUGUCUAGUGAUGUUCUGUCCUCACAUCUCUGACCAAUCACAGCUCAACAGUCCGCCUGCUUCCUUCAUUCUCUACGGGUUCUUGGAACUUUCCACAAAGUCCAGAAUUCCACAGAGGGUUCUAGAGAACAUUCAGUGUAGUUCCUCUGCUUCCGGGUCCAGGGGCUUCACAGGAUUGGCCGAGGCCUGCCCAUGUGAUUGUCCUGUGCGAUGAGGAUGAAGGCAACACAGUACACUGGUGUACACACACACACACACACACACACACUUCUUACAAGAGAAAAGCAAAAUGUUUCUCCCAAAAAAAUAUUCUUUCAGAAUAAAUGACCACGUUACUGGAAGAGGGAACAUCUCUCCAACAGUAUGAAGAGGAUCUGGUAGACCUCCAUGCAGCUUUAACAAUACUAACCCUAUCUGACUGUUUUAAAUGUGUUAGCAUUCUAACAUGCCUCACCUUAUAAUUGUUUCAAGGAGUUCUAGAACUAAUGGAAUAGUCUGGAGAAGGCCUGUGUUCUGUGGUCACGGGGGCCAUACAUGGUUAUCAAAUGUGUGCAACACUUUGCAAGAAAACAAAAAAAUAAAUACAAUUACAUUGA